GCGUUGGAUAGUUCCACUUGGACAAACAGAAGUGUUUGACCUGUUCUUUAAAUUUAAUUGGUACGGAUCGGUCGGUGGUGUGCGUAAGCCGCACGUGAUUAGAGGAACAUACAGGGCCACGAGAUGGGAGAACAAAUAGCAACCCUUGACUCUUGCUGCAAACUUGUGGACCUCUCGGUAUACCUAAAUAAACCAUAACCUAUUCAACAACUGCACUUACAAAUUACCCAGUUUUAUUUAAUUACAAACCAAUAUAUAAAUCAUGCAUUUUUUGUACAUUUUCUUUUUUGCACUUGUCAUUUGUGCGUAUAUACUGUAUAAUAAAUGGAUAAACGUUGAGGAUUUUGAUGAAAUGCUGAAACCCCACAGCAGCAGUGGAUCUGGGAUAGGCGUUGGCUGCAUUGUUGAAAUUAACUUCUGUUCUUCUUCUUACAGAGGACAUGCAGUUACAAUGAAGCAUAUGCUUGAAGCAUCAUUUCCUGGGAUUCAUGUAGCUCUUGGAAACCACCCUCCUCCGCUUCUGAAACGUGUGCUGAGCAAAGUAAUAACCAUUUUUCAACUAGGAGUUAUUGUAAUCAUAAUGGGAGGUGAACAUAUUUUUCCACAGUUAGGAUAUAUGACACCACCCCACUGGUAUCAUUCCUUGCGUGCCAAUAGAUAUGGCACCAUUGCUAGCACUUGGUUUUUCGGAAAUUUUAUUCAAUCCCAUCUUCAGAAUUCUGGAGCUUUUGAAGUAAUCUGUAAUGGUGAUUUGAUUUUCUCAAAGCUGAUGGAAGAUAGAUUUCCAAGCGAAUUUGAAGUGCGGGAACUAGUCAGCACAAAGCUUGCUAAUUUAACAGUUUUUGGUGGAAAUGGAAGAGAAAUCUGGUCCUAAUGCCUCAGCAACAUAUAGUGUUGGCUUUUCAACAAUAGAACCGACAUUUUGUAGCAGAUUAUAGACUCAAGGAUGCAUU